AUGUUUGGGACCCAAGGGACACGUAAGAAGUUGGCAUGGCGCAUUGGACUGAAACAACCAUUGCGCAUGAAACUGUCAGCACUUCCAAUGGCCGGCAUAUUUGACUCUUCGGCCCUUUCUGAUCAUAUCUAUUUCCCCUUUGAUAGCUUCAGAUUAUCCAUGGUGCUGGUAUUUUUAUGUCUAGUCAUGACCCAAAUUGCUUAUUUGCAACAUGCCUCUGCAAAUUUUUACAGCGAGUUUGAUAUCACCUGGGGUAAUGACAACGCCAAGAUCCUUGACAACGGCCAGCAAUUGCAGCUUACUCUCGAACAGUCCUCAGGUAUAGGUUAUGUCCAAUCGAAGAAUGAAUAUCUGUUUGCAAAAAUUGAUAUGCAAAUCAAGUUGGUGCCUGGCAACUCGGCAGGCACUGUAACUGCUUACUAUCUUUCAUCUCAGGGAGAUAAGCAUGACGAGAUAGACUUUGAGUUUCUGGGAAACCUGUCCGGAGAUCCCUAUAUUAUGCACACUAAUUUGUUCUCUCAAGGCCAAGGCAAUCGUGAGCAGCAAUUUUACCUCUGGUUUGAUCCCACUGCAGACUUCCACACUUAUUCUGUGCUCUGGAAUCCUCAACAAAUUGUAUUUUCUGUGGAUGGAACUCCGGUGAGAGUGUUCAAGAACAAGGAGAAUUUGGGUGUGGCGUAUCCCAAGAAUCAGGCCAUGCGAAUAUAUUCGAGUCUGUGGAAUGGAGACGAUUGGGCAACUAGAGGGGGCCUCGUGAAGAUCGACUGGAGCAAAUCUCCCUUCGUUGCUUCUUACCAAAAUUUUAAAGUUGAAAUGUGCACUUCUUCCUCUGAUUGCUCUGCAAAUUCAUGGUAUAGUACAGAAGCAUUGGAUUCAAAUGACCAGCAGAAGCUUGAAUGGGCCCGCAAGAAUUACAUGAUAUAUGAUUACUGUUCGGAUACCAAAAGGUUUCCACAGGGCCUUCCAGCUGAAUGCACCACUUAAACAUCACAUUGAAUCCGAAUGCUGAAUUAAUCCACUGUAGACUCCAGAACAGGAAAAUUUCUCACCGUUCUUUAAUUUUUUAUUACUCUUACAAUCUCAUUCAUUCAAAAUCUGGACAAUUUCAA